AUGCAUAAUAUUCAACGCGCGUUUAUAUUUCUGAGUGGAAUCUAUCUCUGUGGGGCUGGAUAUGGCUACGGUUAUUAUGGGCCAACGGCUCAAUCAGAUGUCGGGGCGCCGUCAUACGUUCCACCAUACGCAAGAGUCAAUCCGGGUGGAUUUUCUCACCACUACACGAAAACCGGUUACAAUGGAAGGAAAACAGGGUACAGCGGCACCAAAACCGGAUACUCGGGAACGAAGACCCAUUACACGCCCAAUGUCGGCUACGCAGAGAAGAAUUCCUGGUUUUCUUCAGGUGCAGCGCCCAGUUACGAACAGUUCAAUAACAUCGCGAGGGAGAGUUACGCUCCCAAAUGCGAAAUAGAAUGCAAGAACAACGGUAUCUGCGUGGACACGAACACCUGCAACUGUCCCGCCAACUUCUACGGGAAGUACUGUGAAUUCGAGAAGAAACCGUGCCUCGUGUAUCCACCAUUGCCGAUGAAUUCAAUCAGGAAAUGCUCCUCUGAAUUCUGCACGAUCACCUGCAUGGACGGCCACAAGUUCAUCGACGGCACGACAAUAGCAAAUAUGAACUGCGUCGAUGGCCAGUGGCAACCGACUCGCGCUGACUUCUCCUCUAUUCCGGACUGCAUCCCAGAAUGCGAUCCCCCUUGUCUCAACGGGGGAGUUUGCUUGUCGUUGAACACUUGUCAAUGUUCCGCUGAGUACAGAGGACCUCAGUGUCAAUAUUCCGCAAGUGCAUGUGACAUGCGCAAAUUGGCGUUCAACGGCGGCUACAAUUGCUCGGGCGAUGGCGAACAGUUCUCGUGCUCGCUGAGUUGUCCAACCGGAGCUAGUUUCAGCUCCCCACCCGCUGAUGUCUACACCUGUCUUUACUCGACCGGCGUGUUCAUGCCUCAGCCUAUUCCACACUGCGUUUUUGAUGAAGUGAUCAUUAUUACGCCCAGCAACAGACAAAUCAGUGACACUUACUAUGAAGUACACAAUUCACGUAACAUAACUACAAGCGAAGACGGAAGUCAUAUGCUCGAAUCAAGCACAUAUGGAACCGGGAAAUACGAAGGGGGCGCAAAACAGAUCAUCGUUGUGCAAGACUUCACUCCAAAGGGUGGUAGUUGUUUAAGUUGGGCUGGAGUCCACUACAAGACUUUUGAUGGCAAAAUCUAUAGUUUUCAAUCACCAUGUCAACACAUUCUCGUCCGCGACUCCCAAGAACACAAAUACACAGUAGCUAUCAGGCAUCCGGAAUGUAAAAGACAGGCCUAUUGUCCUUCGGAGCUCGUCGUUUAUCUGGACGACAAGAUGUACGCCCUCAGUGUCGGGGAGGAUGGAGCUGUGCUGUUUCGCAAUACAAAACGUCUGAUCCCCAUACCGGCAUCGCUGCCUGGUAUACGAGUGUCCAUGCCGAGCGAUCAAGUUUUUGUAAAUUUGGACGCGUUAGGAGUCACUAUUAAGUGGGAUACAAACAAUUUAAUUAUAGUUGAGGGAUCUAUACUUCUUUGGAAUAAAACCGAAGGUCUCUGUGGAACUUUGGAUGGUAAUCCAGAGAACGAUUUCAUGAUCAAAGAUGGCACGAUCGCAAGAACGAAGUCAGUUAUGGUGGCGUCAUGGCAAUUGAAUAAGAUCGGAGAUAUCUGUGACAGCAGCCCUAUAGAAAAUAGCGCGUGUACCUCAAUAAACGAUGCAGAUAUGAAGAAAGCUAUGCAAUUCUGCACUAAGAUCUUCAGCAAAGAUAAAUUCCGCAAAUGUUCGAAGGUAAUGGACGUGUCUCUCCUGUUGGAAGCUUGUCAGUGGGAUUACUGCGCAUGUACCACAAGUUUGAGUCCUGAGGAAUGUGCUUGUAAAACUGUAUCUGUGUACGCCAAAGAAUGUCUCCGGCAUGGAGUUAAUGAGAUGAAGGACUGGCGAGAUGCAGACACGUGUCCCAUGCAAUGUCCCGACAGCAAAAUUUACAAAUCAUGUGGACCUGAUGUGCAACCCAGCUGUGCUUUUCCUCUUGUCACAAAAACUUUAGGCAAAAACAAUACUUCAUGCGUAGAGGGCUGUUUCUGUCCAGAGGGCUUAUUACUAGAAGGAGGCCGGUGCAUUCCGAAGGCCGAAUGUCCUUGCAGAGUACGAAAUCAAAGUUUUCCACCAGGAUCUGUUGUGCCAAAAAGCUGUAAUACUUGCACAUGCCAAGCUGGAGAGUGGAUUUGUACUCAAGUGCCAUGUGGCGCUCGAUGCAGCGCUGUCGGUGACCCGCAUUACACUACUUUUGACGGACUCCGCUACGACUUCAUGGGUACCUGCACUUACACGCUACUGAAGACGGAAAACGUCACAAUUGAAGUGGAGAACGUGGCCUGUUCCGGAGCUAUUACUGAGGCAAUGAAUCUAGCGCCAUACAAAGGCGAAGGGAAGCCUUCAUGCACGAAAGCAGUAAACGUUAUCUUCAACGGAGCAAACAUACAUAUGAAGCAAGGAGGAUUCAUCCUCGUCAACGGGAAGGAAGUCUCAUCGCUGCCAGUUAACGUCGGAGACAUCAGGAUACGAGCAGCGUCAUCUCUGUUUAUUAUUGUUCAACUGCCAAUCAAAGUUGACCUAUGGUGGGACGGCAAUACCAGAGUAUUUGUUGAUGUACCGCCAGAAUUCCAUCAAAGCACCAAGGGACUUUGCGGGACUUUCAACUUAAACCAAAAAGACGACUUCCUGACUCCUGAGGGUGACGUCGAACAGUCGGCCUUCGCAUUCGCCAAUAAGUGGAAGACCAGAGAGUUUUGUAACGACAUUGCCACGCAAGAACCUGAACAUCCCUGCAAAGCAAAUGUAGAAAACAAGGAUGCAGCUGAAAAGUACUGCAGUAUUUUGAAGAGCUCGCUGUUCGAAUCUUGCCAUUGGUACGUGGAUGUACAACCGUACUACGAGAACUGCCUUUACGAUAUGUGCGCGUGUAGUGGCGACGCGUCGCUCUGCCUGUGCCCCAUAUUGGGGACCUACGCCAUGGCGUGUGCCUCCAGCGGCGUGCACGUGCAGUGGAGAUACAAUGUUAAGGAGUGCGAGCUAUCGUGUAGUGGCGGUCAAGAGUAUACCGUUUGCGCUGACAGCUGUCUUCGAACUUGUUCCGACGUGGCGUUAUCUGCCAAGGGUCUCUGCAAGCCAUCCUGUGUGGAAGGAUGCGCUUGUCCAACAGGACAGGUAUUGGACAGCAAUAACGAGUGCGUACCGGUUGCCCUGUGUCCGUGCUUCCACAAGGGUAUGCAGUUCAAUGCCGGCUACAAAGAAGUAAGGGCUGGCAGACGUGAGCAAGAACUUUGUACAUGCGUGGGCGCCCGUUGGGACUGCAAGCCGGCGACGCCCGAGGAAAUAACCCAGUACCCGCCGGCUGAAGACCUUCGCAGCAAUUGCAGUGCUGCCAACCACAUGGAGUUCACCACCUGCCAAAUCGCGGAGCCGCUUACCUGCAAGAACAUGCACCUGCCGCCGUCGGGGACGACGACGGAGUGUCGACCGGGAUGCCAGUGCAAGCGCGGGUUCGUGCUCGAGGCGGGAACGAACACGUGUGUGGAGCCGGCACAGUGUCCGUGCCACCAUGGCGGGCGCAGCUACGCGGAUGGUGACCGCAUGCAGGAGGACUGCAACACCUGCGAGUGCAAGAGCGGCAAGUGGUCGUGCAGCACGCGUGCGUGCGCGGGCGUGUGCGGCGCGUGGGGCGACUCGCACGUCAGCACGUUCGACGGCGCGCAGUACGACUUCGAGGGCGUCUGCGGCUACCUGCUCGCCAAGGGCGUCAUGGACGGACGCGAUGGUUUCGCCGUAGAGAUGCAGAACGUCCCAUGUGGAACAACGGGUGCGACUUGUUCGAAAUCUGUGACCCUCAAAGUGUCGAGCACUGAUGGAACUGAAGAGUCGGUUUCCCUUGCACAAGGGGCACCUUUGCCUGAUGUCUCCAAUUUGAAGAGAAUAAAGCUUCGCAUCGCCGGUGCAUACGUGUUCCUGGACGUGCCUUCACUGGGUAUGAGUUUACAAUGGGACCGUGAGCUGAGGGUCUACGUCAAAGUCGACUCCAUGUGGCAGAACAGGGUGAAAGGUCUGUGCGGCAACUACAACGCGGACAUGCGCGACGACUUCCAAACACCGUCAGGCGGCGGCUUCGCCGAGACAUCUGCACUCAUAUUCGCCGACUCCUGGAAGCUGAGACCGACCUGUCCCAAGCCGCAAGAAGUUGCUGAUCACUGCAAGCAGCGGCCGCAGCGCAAGGAGUGGGCGGCGGCGACGUGCGGCGCGCUGAAGCGGUUCCCGUUCGCGCUGUGCCACAGCGAGGUGCCGGUGGCGGCGUACGAGCGCGCGUGCGAGGCGGACGCGUGCGCGUGCGACGCGGGCGACGACUGCCGCUGCGCCUGCGCCGCGCUCGCGCACUACGCGCACGCCUGCGCCACGCGCGGCGUCACCUUCCCCUGGCGCUCGCAGCACCUGUGCCCCAUGCAAUGCGACGGCGAGUGCUCCAACUACAACCCGUGCAUGUCUGCGUGCCCGCCCGAAACCUGUGACAAUACGCUCGACUACGCCGAAGUUAAAACAGUUUGCGAAAAAGAAACCUGUGUUGAAGGUUGUAAACCCAAGAAGUCUUGCCCAGAAGGCUAUGUUUAUUCCAACAGUACACUAACAGAAUGCGUUCCCCGCGCCAAAUGCCGUCCAGUAUGCAUGACCCUUGAGAACGGAAAAGAAAUUCUGGAAGGGGAGGUCAUCGAGGAAGACGAAUGUCACACCUGUCGAUGCUCUAAGAAGACGAAGGUCUGCACUGGUCAACCAUGUCCAACGGAGACCACGCCACCGGGCCCCUCUACGUCGCCGAAGCCUCUGGAUGAACCACUUAAGUGUGUGCCGGGCUGGACCGGUUGGAUCAACCGCGGCCCGCCGGAGAUCGGACCAGACGGCGCGUCCGUAGAGAGUGAACCGCUACCACGUCCCAACGAACUAGUGAUCGGUUCCCCGAUGUGCAAGGCUGAUAUGAUAAAGAAGAUCGAGUGUCGCACCGUCGACAGUCACAAGACCGCCAAGGAAACCGGCCUGGACGUCGAAUGCAGCCUGGAGAAGGGACUCGUGUGCCACGAACAAGAGAACACCUGUCCAGACUUCGAGAUACGAGUCUUCUGCGAAUGUGGAGAAACGUUCCAAUGUCUGAACGUGACCCACCCUAACAAUCCACACCCAACGGACUGUAGCAAGUUCUACGAGUGCACACCGGACCUAAUGAAUCCAGACAAGCCCCAUGCUGUGCUGAAGCAGUGUGGCGAGGGUUUGCUGUACAACCCGAAGCUGAUGAUCUGCGACUGGCCCGCCGCAGUGUACGCAGUGCGACCAGAGUGCGGGUCCACUCCAUCUACUACCCCUACUACCACUGCAACGACUCCUCUGCCGAUCACCACCGGUAUCUGCCCACCUGGGCAAGUGUUUUCUUCCUGUGCGUAUCCCUGUGACAACCUGUGCGAACACUUCUUGCAAUCUCUACGGGAGAAGGGGCAAUGUUUGCCUGGGCAGAAAUGCGUGAAGGCGUGCAUCGACGAGUCGGUCGCCAAUAUCAAGUGCGAGUUCGGUUCAAAGUGGCGCGACGAGGCGACCUGCGUGCCGCUAAAAGACUGCACUUGUUAUGACGAUGGACAGAGAGUCAAGCCUGGCGGUGUAGUCGUUCAUGGCUGCGAGAAAUGUCAGUGCCUGGACAACGUACUGCACUGCGAUACGACAGACUGCGUGUCCGUUUUCACGUCCGUCGGACCCACGCACAUGCCGUACAUCAUUGAGCCGCACUAUACCACUCAAAGCCCCACUCCCAGCACUACAAUCGCCCCUACCAAGCCCACCCAUGUGACCGUUUCGUCCACCUGGACGCCCACUCCCACCUUCAAAACGACUCCAACUUCAACUUUGCCCCCCACGACUCCCUCAGUUGGGACAACCGAGCGCACCACUUCCGAAGCAACAAGCACCACAGCGGCAAACAUCACAACAUCCCAUCCGCCUCUCAUCAUCAAAUCUACCGCGACCCCGCCUCCAGAGUGUAAUCCAAGCAAUUAUAAAUACCUAUUAUGGGAAGAAGAUCGGGUACCGAAGUCGGCAUUCUCAGCCAGCUCGGUGGCGAGCGCUUUGUUCGAGCCGCAAUACGCGGAACUGAACGGACAUCCUCUGGACGUUUCUGCCGGCUCAUGGAAUCCGAAGACGAUGGACUCGAACCAGUACAUUCAAGUGGAGUUUCCCCGGCGCGAGCCGAUCUACGGAGUGAUAAUGCAGGGCAGCCCACUCUUCGACCAGUACGUCACCAGUUACGAGGUUAUGUACGGCGACGACGGUAACGUUUUCUCUACGGUGGACGGACCUGACGGGCAUCCUAAGGUUUUCCGCGGCCCAGUGGACAACAACACACCCAUAAAACAAAUGAUCGAGCCUCCGAUCGAGGCCAAGUUCGUUCGCAUCCGUCCGCUCACGUGGCACGAUGAGAUCGCCGUGCGCUUUGAGCUCAUCGGCUGCCAGGAGCCCACCACCACCACGCCACUACCCACCACCAGCACAGUUACCACGCCCGAGCCAAUGCAAUGCACGGAACCACUGGGCUUGGGAGCCGAUCUGCCUAUAGAGAGCAUCGAGGUAUCCUCUAACAAUGACGCGAGACCUUUCUUGAAACUGGACAGCGAAAAAGCCUGGAGGCCUAUCUACAGCACACCUGGGGAAUGGAUAAUGUUCAACUUCAUGUCACCGCGCAACAUCACCGGUAUUAAAACGAAGGGCGGAGUAAACGGCUGGGUGACAGCGUACAACGUCAUGUAUACCUCCAACUUGUCGGUGCCAUUUAGUCCAGUUGUGGACGGUAGUGGCGCUAGGCAGUUAUUCCCAGCAAACUUCGAUGGUAACACCGUCGUGUCUGCCGAGUUCCGGCCUCCCAUACGCGCUCAGUAUCUUAAGGUGCUGCCUAUUAAGUGGGCUGGCAAUAUGGAGAUGAGGGUGGAGCCUAUUGGAUGUUUCGAGCCUUAUCCUACAACUGUGGCGCCUACGCUGAUGCCCACAACGAAUAAAUCUGGCUGUGAGCCGUGUCCCGGCGUACAUGUGGUGGCUUGCAACUGCUCCGAGUCAGCACACUACUUCGACGGCGAUGCUUGCGUCUCUAGGGACCAGUGCCCUUGCGUGGAAGGAUUUAUGACGUAUGCAGUCGGCUCGAUCUUCCGCGGAACGAACUGCGACGAGUGUAUGUGCAAGCUGGGUGGUAUCACCGACUGCAAGCCUGUUACGGAAUGCAAAUGCGCACCGGAGCUCGUACCAAAACUCUCGUCUUCUACCUGCGAGUGCUCAUGUGAACCUUGUCCCGAGGGAACUAAGAUCUGUCCGAACAGCAAGAUUUGCCUACCGCUAGAAAAAUGGUGCGACGGUCUGCAAGACUGUGGUGACGACGAACGCGAGUGUAGCACCACCAGUGUUAAGACCACCGUCACUGAGCCCACUGUCGUCACCACUGUAGUCCCCACCGUUGCUGUCACGCCACCUGCUACGACCACACAGAAACCUCUGUCGUGCCCAAAGGUAGAGUGCCCGCCUGGUUACUUCGUUCAAUACACUUCAAACUCCCGUCCUAGCUACUCACGGUCUUCAACUUCUGACUUACCUCCGCCAAGACCUAGAUAUUCCUACCAGAGGUAUUACCGGGGCGGCUACGCUAAGGGCGGCUUCUCUAAGGGUGGUUUCUCAAAGACCGGAUACUCUAAAGGAGGAUUUUCUAAAGGCGGCCGCUAUGUUGCUCCGAAGCCGCCGCAGCACAACCAGGCGUUCUCGCUGGACAAGCCGACGGGCGCGUUCUCGUCCCGCGAUGUGCAGGAGUGCGAGCAGUUCCGGUGCGUGCCGCGCCUGCCGCCCCCGCCCCGCCCGGGCUCCACCCCCGCGCCCUUGAUCUGCUCCACCCCCACUUGUCCUCCACAAUACUCACUCAAACUGGAAAGCGUGCCCAGCGAACUCAACAAGUGCCCGCAAUACAUUUGCGUACCUCCGCCAGAGAGGCCAGUGUACUGUAACGUCACAGGCCGUACCUUCAACACGUUCGAUGGCUCCGAGUACAAGUACGACGUCUGCUUCCACAUUCUAGCUAGAGAGAACCGCUUCGAUGCUUGGACUGUGCUGGUCCGCAAGAAGUGCCGGCCAGAAGGAUGUGUGAACCAAUUGUUCGUCCAUCAAGACGACCAGCUGAUCCUCGUGAAACCGAACCUCAUGAUCGAGUACAAUAAUUACGAGUACACUGUGGAACAGACCAGCAAAAUUUGCUUCCAAAAGAACAGCUUUGACGUCGAUCGCCUCGGCAAUGGCGUAUCUAUCAAAUCCAGGAGAUAUAACUUCACUGUGCUGUACACGACCGAUGGCGAUAUCAAAAUUGGGGUACUUACAAGUCACAUGGGCCAUGUAGACGGCUUGUGCGGUGCUUACGAUGGCGAUGCGAGCAACGACCGACGCUUGCCGAAUGGUCGUCUGGCAACCAGCAUUGAUCAAUUUGGUCGAUCCUGGGCUAAGCCUGGCCUAAAGCCUGACGCCUGCCAACCAAAAGUCAUUCCGCCCAAAGAUCAGAAGAAGUGCUGGGAUAUGUGCGACGUUCUUACGAAGGAACCCAUUUCUCAAUGCGGCAAGGUUCUCAACUUAGAUAAGUGGCGUAGUAUUUGCCUGGAGAAAAUCUGCGAGUGCGCUGAACAAGUAGUGAACGGCACUAAGAGGACUGCAGAGGAAUGUAGAUGUUUGCUAGUGGAACAACUGGUUGCCGAGUGCUUAGCCGCGGACAAAGAUAUCGACAUUGAAGGAUGGAGGAUGCAAAUGGAUUGUCCGGCGGAGUGCCCACCACCGUUGGUGCACUAUGAUUGCUACCGACGCCGCUGCGAGCCGACGUGUGGGGCGGCGGGUACCUUGAGCCGUGGCUGCCCGCUCGAGGACGGACUGUGCUUCCCCGGCUGCUACUGUCCCGAAGGCCGCUUGCGCAAGGGUGACCAAUGCGUCGCGCCCACUGACUGCCUCGACUGUGCAUGUCACGGCGUGGGUACUCCCGCGAAAUAUGUGACGUUUGAAGGUGACGAUCUGCCGUUCCUUGGAAACUGUACCUAUCUCGCCUCAAGAGAUAGGAACGAAACAGGACAGCAUAAAUAUCAGGUUUACGCAACAAAUGGACCGUGCAAAGAAAAUAGUGACGUUGUGUGCACUCGAACAGUUCAUCUGAUAUAUGAGAAGAAUGUCAUCCGCAUCACUAAGGAGCCGGUCACGAAUAUGAUUCAAACAAUGGUGAACGAUGAGCCGGUGUUCAAAUACCCGAAAAAGUAUGAUUGGAUGGAAAUAACUAGAGCCAACGGUCAAGACGUAACGGUGAAUUUGCCGGACAUACAUGUAGAGCUCUUAGUCAUGCGAGCUAAGAUGGAAUUUGCCGUACGAGUGCCGUCGUACUUGUACGCCAACCAGACGGAAGGACUUUGCGGCGUCUGCAUGGGCUAUCAGGAGCAGCUUCUCACAAGCAAUGGCACCGCUACCGACGACUUUGAAUUGUACGGCAAAAGUUGGCAAGCGGACGCGGAUACUCUUACGAAACUGGGCGAACCGCAAUUGCAGCAGUGCGGCGAGCCGCCUGUCGAGCCAACCUGCGCGCCACCCACCCCGGAGAAUAACCCCUGCCUCGUGCUGAAUGACCCGGGCAAGUUCGGACCGUGCCACGCGCUGGUGGACCCGCAAUCGUACGUGGAGAUCUGCGAGGAGGAGCUGUGCGCUUUCAACAGCUCGGACGCGUGCGAGUCGCUGGAGCAGUACGCGGCCGAGUGCCGGCGCCAGGGCGUCUGCCUGCAGUGGCGCGACGCCGUCUGCCCGUACCCCUGCGAAAGUCCGCUAGUAUACAGGAACUGCGUCGACUGCGAGCGAACUUGUGAAAACUAUGACGAACUCGAGAAGAACCCUGCAAAGUGCGAUAAACUACCGGUCGAAGGUUGCUUCUGUCCUGAAGGCAAGGUUCGUGUCAACAACACAUGCAUAGAGCCGACCAAAUGCUUCCCCUGUGACGCAAACAAGGAACAUUACGCUGGUGACGAAUGGCAGGAAGACGCAUGCACAAAAUGCACGUGUAGCAAACUGGCGGACUCCAACGAGGCGCACGUGUCGUGCGUGAAGAACACGUGCACCGUGCCAGUGUGCCAUGAGGAUGAGAACCUCGUCACCACGCCCGCGAAACCUGAUGAAUGUUGUCCCGAGUAUUUGUGUGUCCCCAAGCCACAGGAGAAGUACUGUGAAGAACCGAAAAAAAUGGAGUGUGGAUACGGACAAGUUCUCAAACAGAAGAAUACCCCGAACGGCUGCAAAGAGUUCUCAUGCGAGUGCAUGCCAGCAAGCGAAUGCGAAAGGAUACCUCCCGACAGUGAAGUGGAAAUAAUGGAACCGGGCAUGGAACGCAUCGUGGACCACAGCGGAUGCUGCCCACGAGUUCAGCUCACGUGCAGACCCGACAAAUGUCCACAGCCGCCAGAUUGUCCACAAUUCGAAACUUUGCAGACGAUUAACGCAACCGGAAAGUGCUGUCCGGAAUAUAAAUGUAAGUUACCAAAGGACAAGUGCAUUGCAAUUCUGGAGUGGGAGGCGGCGCCAAGGGGUGGAGAGAAAGCCCGCGAUACACCGCAAAUUGUCUUGAAGGACUUGGAUUCGGUGUGGCUGGACGGGCCGUGCCGCUCGUGCCGCUGCGGCGCGGGCGGCGCCGUGCAGUGCGGCGUGUCGGAGUGCGCGGCGCUGCCGCUCAGCGAGCAGUUCGUGCUGGAGCCGCGCCCCGUGCCCUACCAGUGCUGCCCGCAGCCCGCGCAAGUCGCCUGCCGCGACCAGAACAACAUCUACAAGGUUGGCGAGAACUGGACAUCACCGCUGAAUCCUUGCGAGUCAUACCAGUGCGUGCGCGUUGGAGAUGGUCAACUCGACAGGGUCACCACCGUGCGGCAUUGUGAGGAGGACUGCCAACCGGGUUGGGAGUACGUGCCGGCAGAGGAGAACAGUGGACAAUGUUGUGGCAAGUGCAAGCCUGUGGCGUGCGUGUGCGAAGAUAAAUUGCAUCCCAUAGGAGAGACUUGGACUUCUGCUGACUUCUGCACAAAUUACACAUGCGUCGAUCUUAAUGGCACUUUACAAGUCCAGAGCUCAAACGAGACGUGCCCAAAAUUAUCGGAGCAGAUGCAGAAACAAUUUGUACUGACAGUGGAGAAGGUGCCUGGCAAAUGCUGCCCGAAAGUCGAACCUGUCGCUUGCCGUGUUGAAGACAAAGUUUACCAGGUUGGAGAGAACUGGACUUCCCCUACAGACGCGUGCGAGUCGUAUCAAUGCGUGCGGGUCGAAGACAACAAGCUGGAGAAGGUCACCACCGUUCAGAACUGCGACACCGACUGCCAAGAAGGUUGGGAGUACGUGCCUUCGUCGAAUCCCAGCUCGCAGUGCUGCGGCAAGUGCCGGCCGGUGGCGUGCGUGUGCGAGGGCCGCCUGCACCCCGUCGGCCAGCUGUGGAGCUCGCCCGACUUCUGCACCAACUACACCUGCGUUGACAACAACGGAACUUUACAAAUUCAAAGCUUCAACGAGACGUGUCCAGAAGUGAGCGAAGCGAUGAAGAAGCAGUUUGUCCUGACAGAAGAGAAGGUAGAAGGCAAAUGCUGUCCCAAAGUAGAACCAGUCGCCUGUCGCGUCGGUGAUAAAGUAUAUCAGGUGGGCGAAAACUGGACUUCAACAACAGACGCCUGCGAAUCUUAUGAAUGUACGCGCAUGGAAGACGGCAAACUGCAGAAAGUGACCACCGUGCAAGGAUGCGACGACGAUUGCCAACCGGGUUGGGAGUACGUGCCUUCGUCGAAUCCCAGCUCGCAGUGCUGCGGCAAGUGCCGGCCGGUGGCGUGCGUGUGCGAGGGCCGCCUGCACCCCGUCGGCCAGCUGUGGAGCUCGCCCGACUUCUGCACCAACUACACCUGCGUUGACAACAACGGAACUUUACAAAUCCAAAGUUCAAAUGAAACAUGUCCAGAAAUAAGUGCGGCAAUGCUGAAACAAUUUGUCUACUCGGAGAUAAAGAUACCGGGCAAAUGCUGUGCGAAACGUGAACCGAUAGCUUGCCGUGUUGGAAACGAGAUAUAUCAGGAGGGUCAAACGUGGCCGACAUCGAACCCGUGUGUUAACAUCACGUGUGCGCGCGACGCGUCCGGGCAGCUGGCGCACAAGGAGAGCACGGAGAGCUGCGCGCGCGACUGCCCGCGCGGCUGGCGCUACGCGGCGCCCGGCGCCGGCCUGUGCUGCGGCAAGUGCGUGCAAGAGGCCUGCGUCGUGGACGACCAACUGCGGAAGCCCGGCGAGACCUGGCAAUCGGCCGACAACUGCACGACUUACGCCUGUGAUCAAGACGGCGAAGAAUUCUUCACAAAAUCAUCGUACCAGCUCUGCCCCGACGUAUCCAAUUGCGCUGCGGAGGACUUGGUCAAUGAGACCUGCUGUCAGGUCUGCAAGCUGAAGCCUAGCCCGUUGAGUACGUGUGUACCAACGGCUAUCCCGAGCGCGGAGUCCGUGGGUCUGAUUAGAGUGCGUUUGGGAGCGCACGGGUUGUGCAUCAAUCGCUCCCCACUUGUGGGCUUCAAGGAAUGUCGCGGAAGCUGCGACUCUGGCACCGUCUUCAACAACCAAACGGGCGGUCACGAUACGAAAUGUGAAUGUUGCGCUGCGGUUAAAUACGAGCGGCUGCUAGUGGGGCUGGAUUGCGAAGAUGGAACUCUGCGAGUACACAGCGUCGCCUCCCCGCUACGUUGCGCUUGUCGACGCUGUGGAGGCACUAACGUCUGGCCGUCGAAGACGAAGACUGGUGAGUACAAACUAUAUUAG